CAUGUUUUGCUUUAAAUGCGGCACACAUCUGCAGACAGAGGUAUCCUUGAGUUGGAGCAACCUGCCAGAGAAAUGGCGCGUUUGCUGUGUAUUCUGGCUGUGGGGCUGUGUGUGUGCGUGCUUGAACAGGUAACUGCAGAGACCUUGAGCAGUAAUGCCGUACUAAGAGCCAUCAGCGAUGCCAAAAAAGUCAUUGAUGAUGCCUACACUUACUCUCGUGCUGAGACUCUGAGGCGUGUGAGGAGGGGUACAACUAAUCCAUCUGACCUCCUGCGUUUGGUGAAGCAGCCAUCCCGAGAUGCGCGCUCUGCUGUGAGAUCAGCAGACUACCUGGAAUACACUCUCCACCUCCUGAACGAAAGACACCACAUCCACAAGCGCUCACUCAAUGCUACAGAUUUGAUCAGCACACAGGAGCUGAAUACAAUCGCUCGUCUGACUGGGUGUGCUGCGCGUGUACGUGAACCUAAAUGCAAGAACAUACCCAACCUAGACCAGUACCGCACAGCUACAAGUGUCUGUAACAACAGGAAUUUCCCCCGCCGUGGCUCUGCUGCAACGCCCUUUGCGCGUUGGCUUCCAGCUGAGUAUCAAGAUGGCAUCUCCCUACCACAGGGCUGGGACCCCAAGGACCGGCGCAAUGGUGCCCGGCUGCCACUGGUGAGGCUCGUUUCAAACCGCAUCCUUCGCACACGCAACCAGGAUGUCGUGAGUGACUCUCUUUACACACAUCUGAUCACCAUCUUCGGCCAGUGGACGGACCAUGACCUCACCUUCACACCUCACUCUCCGAGCAUCCGCUCUUUCAAUGGCAGCAUCAACUGUGACGAGAGCUGUGAACGUACAGAGCCAUGCUUCCCUAUUGAUGUUCCUCGCAAUGACCCUCGCUUUGGCCGAAGGUCUGAUGAGUGCAUCCCUUUCUUCCGUUCCGCUCCGGCUUGUGGGACUGGCGACAACGGUCAUAUUUUCGGAGAUGCCACCGUGCGGGAGCAGCUGAACACUCUGACGGCCUUCCUGGACGUAGGGCAGGUGUACGGUUCAGACGAAAAGCUGGCGCGCGACCUGCGCAACCUCACCGCUAACAGCGGCCUGCUGGAGGUGAACGAUGAAUUCACAGAUAAUGGACGUGAGCUGCUGCCCUUCUCUCGUGUCAAGGACCUGUGUCGCAACCGUAAGGCUAUCACUGGGGAUCGCAAAGCUAAAGAGGUGCCCUGCUUCCUGGCUGGGGAUGAACGUGUUGACGAGAACAUUGGGCUGGCCUCUAUGCACACCAUGAUGAUGCGUGAACACAACCGUUUGGCACGUGCUCUGGCCCGACUUAACCCCCACUGGAGUGGAGAGACCAUCUUUCAGGAGGCACGCAAGAUUAUGGGUGGCUACUUCCAGGUGAUCACGUUCCGCGACUACUUGCUCCACAUUAUUGGCCCAGAUAUCCUUAACGGACCUCAGCUUGGCCAAUAUAGUGGUUAUGAUGAGAAUGUGGACCCGUCCAUCGCGAAUGUGUUUGCCACCGCAGCCUACCGCUUUGCACAUCUGGCCAUUCAGCCCUUCAUGUUCCGCCUGAACGAGACCUAUGAGGAGCAUCCACAGUGGCCCAGCGUGCUGUUCCACAACAACUUUUUUACGCCCUGGAGGCUGGUUUUUGAGGGUGGCAUCGACCCAGUGAUUCGUGGUCUGGUGGGCCGUCAGGCAAAGCUCAACACACAGGACACCAUGAUGCACGAUGAACUGCGUGAGCGCCUCUUCGAGUUCCUGGGUCACGUGGCACUGGACCUGGCUGCUCUGAACAUGCAGAGGGGACGCGACCAUGGCCUCCCUGGCUACAAUAGCUGGCGUGGCUUCUGUGGCUUGUCCCAGCCUAGCACGCUAGACGAGCUAGCCGUGGUCAUGAACAACGCCGAGCUGGCCAGUGACCUGCUGGACCUCUACGGCACCGUGGACAACAUCGACGUGUGGCUGGGCGGAGUGGCCGAGCCUUUCGUGGACGGAGGCCGUGUGGGACCACUGUUUGCCUGCAUCAUUGCCAGACAGUUCCAGAAAAUCCGCCAGGGUGACAGGCUGUGGUGGGAGAAUGACGGUGUAUUCACUGAAGCCCAGCGCAAGUCUCUGCGGAACGCAACUCUGUCUCGUGUCAUCUGCGACAACACCGGCAUCACUGAUGUCCCUGAGAACCCCUUCGAGUUCCGCCCACGUGGCUCUGGGUACACACGCUGUGAGGACAUCCCACCCUUUGACCUGCGCCCCUGGAGAGAGAAUGCUGGGCGCCCAAGCAAUGGGAAUCAAGGUUGAAAUGGAUCCUCAGGCAGAGGUGGGAAGAAACAAAGUACACAUACUAAGAAUUGCAUUUAAGUAGCAUUUUCAGGUAUCUGAACAUUACUUGAAUAUUUUUUGACAACUUUUUACUUUACUCUUAAAAUGAGAGCACAAUUUAGUGAAAUGAGCACACUAUUUAGUAAAAUAUGGCCACGAUUUAAUAAAAUGCGCAUACAAUUUAGUAAAAUGAGCGCAUGUUUUCUGGAUGUUCACCAAAAAAUAUCUUGCAAUGACCCCUCCAGGGUUCCGUACUUAUCAGAUGUACAUGUAUAUCUGUGCAAUGUACAGACGACAAAAUAUACAAAUGAGGAAGUGUGACCAACUUGAACUCAUGGUGUAGGCUUUUCUUUUCUUUCUAUUGCAUUCAACAUUCUGUAAAGACUUGACUUGACUUUGCAAUUAAUCACUGAAUUUAUAUCGUUAAUAACAAUUAAUUUCAUGUUUUAUCACAUGAUUAACAUUCUAUGAUUUUGCAUUA